CAGAGAUGCCGGUGCCGGUGUAGUAGCCUACAAAACCCGGUCAAUGUUCGGCUCCCUCCGGUGCAUUGUUCGCGGCCCCCAACCGGCGAUCCAAUUCCGUUCAAAGACGGUUACCAUGGCCCACACCACUCACACCUGGAAGCGCGGCGAGCUAACGCCCCAAGAAUACUUCACCUUCCGCGACGGCGCCUGGCACCCGGUCGAAGCGCAGGGCUCAGCGGUCCUGCCGGGUCGCGAGACCCCGCCGUCGACGUUUCAGUUUUCCGUCCUGUCCUGGAACGUCGACUUCAUGGCGCCCGAGGGGGACGCCCGCAUGAGCGCCGCGCUGAAGCACCUGGGGUCCCUCGUCGCGGGCAAUCCCAACCCGAGCGUCAUCAUGCUCAACGAGAUGACUCCGCCUGACCUCGCGCUCAUCAAGCUCGCUGACUGGGUGCGCGAGGGCUACGACAUUACCGACGCGACGGCCGACCACUGGGAGUCUUCUAUCUACGGAACGUGCAUGCUCGUCCCGCGCGCGCUGCCCAUCAAGCGCGUCGCCCGGCUGCACUACGCGGCGACGGCGAUGCAGCGCGACGCCCUCUUCGCCGACGUCGCCCUCGCGCGCGGCGGCACCCUGCGCCUGUGCGCCACCCACCUCGAGUCGCUGCGCGCCGUCCCGCCCCUGCGCCCCGCCCAGCUGGCCGCCGCCGCCGCGCACCUGCGGCAGCCGCAGCCGAGCGGCGGGAGCGGUGGUGGCGGCGGCGGCGGCGGCGUCGUCGGCGUCCUGGCCGGCGAUCUCAACGCCAUCGAGCCCUUCGACCGGACGCUGCACGACCAGUGCGGCCUCAAGGACGCCUACCUCGAGAGCGGGGCCCGUGAGGGGGAGGAGCGGGGGAUGACGUGGGGCCACAUGGCGCCGAGGUGGCUGAGGGAGCGGUUUGGGCUGGGCAGGCUGGAUAAGGUUCUGUUCUGGGACGGCGGUGAUGCCAGCAGUGGUGAUGGUGGUGGUGGUGACGAUGUUGGUGGGAGACUAUUGCUGAGGUUGGUGGGCUUUGAGACGUUCGGGAUGGAUGUGGUGGUCGAGGAUGAAGCUGCUGCUGCGCGGUUGAUGAAGGAGUGGGGGCUGGAGAAGGCGUGGGUUACGGACCAUCUGGGGGUGAGGGCUGACUUCCGGGUGGAGGUGUCUGAGAGUGUCAAAAUACAUAUAUAGGUGCAAUUGCUGGAAGCAGCAAUUGCGGCGUCGCUUUUGCGCUUCACAGUGAGCGAGGGGGGAGAUGAUGGUUCAAGAGGGUCGAAAGCUUAGAGAGUAGGCGGCAGGAAUGGGAAAGAAGAGUCGGGUAUGAUCCGGAUUGACUGGCUUUCGUUGACGUUACCUAUCUAUGUACGGACGUAAUUAGUUGAAGUUGUGCUGUGGCGCGGUCACGUUGUUGUACUGUACGAUAGGUUGUACGAUAGGUUGAACAAGGUUUGAGCGGCUGGUCGUUCAAGCCGGGUCCUCUAAUCUUUCCGUGUAGUGUUUUCCCCUUCUUCAAUGU